GAGACAUAGCCAUAGGAAAGAAGUAAGUAGCAAUGGAAAGGUUAUUGACUCCUUUUCUCUUCUUGAAGAAGAAGGAGACAGAAAGAAUUGACUGGGUAGAGCCAUUUACGACAUUUGUUUCAAGAAUCUAUGGCAAUAGCAUUGAUAUAGACGAUGAGAUCAAGAAUUUUAACUCUCUACGCGAUAAUAUGUUGGGAGCAGAUGAUACAAACUCUGGAAAGAAUGUGAUUUACUCGUACUAUGGACAAUUGGACUAUUUAUCGUUUAGAUUUCCCACUGGAGGAAAUGGAAUUGACAUUGCAUUCGAAUGGAAGGAUAGCUUAUCCAAAGGUGAUUCUUGGUAUAAGCAGUCGUCAUUAGCCUUUGAGCGUGCUUGCGUCUUAUUUAAUUUAGCUGGUUUGCUUUCAAGGUUAGCUGCUACUCACACUACUCGAUAUACCGUUCAGGAUUAUAAGCAAGCAGCAAAUUACCUGCAAUGCGCUUCUGGAAUCUUUAAGAUGAUUCGCGAAUCUUUUUUACAUGCUCCUGGAAAUGAUUUUGACUCGCAAUUUCUGCUAGGGAUUCAUCACCUACUCCUCGCACAGGCCCAAGAGUGUGUACUUGGUCACAUGUCGAUGUCCAAGAUGAGCUCGUCUCUUGCAGCAAAGAUAGCUAACAGUGCUGCAAGUUUAUACGAAUCAUCUGUUCGUGCUUUUGAAUCAAUGGAACCAUCUACAAAUACCUUUUUUGUCUCUUUAGCAUCUGCGAAGAAUCAGACUUUAGAAGGAAUAGCAUGUUAUCUGAUGGCUCAGAGUUGUAAACAAGAAUCUAAAUAUGGAUUGGCUAUUGGCUUUUAUAAUAAAGCCAAAUCAAAGCUUCAGGCUGGCCAAAAAUCAUUUUCAUGGUUAAAACCAGACCCCGAUUUUAUACAUAAGCAAAGCACUACUGAAUAUACGAAUUAUCUAUCAACUUUUAUAAAGGAUAAUCUAAAAAACUCCCUGAGCAGUACGGAAAAAGAUAACGAUUUUGUUUUUCAUGAACCUGUCGUUCGGGAAGCUGAACUCCCACAAAUUCAAUCUUUGCAAGCACUCCCUUAUCUUACUUUAGACAGAUUAUAUAGUGGAAAGGAGUCUGCCAAAUCGGUAGUUGGAGAAGACUUAUUUAAAGCAUUUGUUCCUAGUGCCAUUACUACUGCUAUUUCCUUGUAUUCUGAAGAAACUGCAAAGCUUUAUCGGUCAGAACAGGAAGAAGUGGAACGACAAAAUACCCAAUUAGCAACCGUGUUUGCUUCACUGGAUAUUGAACAUCUACAAGAACUCACGCGUUCAGAUUCUAGCUCAUCUGCUUUACCGAAGGAAUUGGCAGAUGCCAGAGCAAAAUUAUUGAAUGAAAAUUUCCAAGAAGCUUUCCAGAUGCUGAAAGACAAACCAACUCAGUUAAAACGAAUUUUGAUUCAGUCAGAAUCCGAACUGGACAAAGAGAGUUUGGAGAAUUCGAAAAUGAGCUCCCGUUUUGGUGCAGCUUGGACGUUGUCGCCUAGUCAAGUCUUUGCGUCUCCUUUUCGUCAACAGAUUCAUUCCUUUUUUCAAGAUCUGGAGAAAGCUGCUGUAAUAGAUAAAGCUAUUCUACAGCAAUAUAACUCGAUCAAGGAAGACAUUGAGACGCUUUGUGACAUAAAUAAAAUGGAUACUCUUUUUGGAUCAGCGGCGGUUUCUUUGAUGGAAAGCUCUAACGUUCCAAACUUGUUAGACUUACCGGAUGACAAUACUGAGUUAGAAAGAGAGAUGAAGAUCCAGCUAGAUUUACUAGAGGAGCUUCAAGUUCGUGUACAAAAACUUGUUCCAAGUCGUGAAGCUACUCUUAAAACGCUCCAAGAAAAAUGCUUGCAUGAUGAUAUAUCUGAACCGUUAAUGCAAAACAGCAACAAAAAUGAGAGCUCUAUAGCCAUUGAACAGCUUUUCGCCCAACAACUAAAAAAGUUCGACCCUAUGCGCAAUCGUUUGCAUGGAUCUUAUCGUCAACAACAACUUCUUCUCGGAGAAAUGAGAAAUGCCGUUCAAAAAUUAAAGCAGAAUCCGAAUUUCAUUAGGAAGCUGGAAUCUUAUACUCAAUCUUUUACCAAAAAUAAAGAUUUGUCUGUUAGACUCCUUUCGUCAGCAAUCACUGCAAAUGCAAUUGCUGAAGGUACCUCAAACGGAUUGAAUUACUAUCGUUCUCUUGAAGAAAGAAUAGGAGAUUUUGAUUCCAAGCUGAAAAAUAGGUUACUAAGUAGAAGAAAGGAAGGAGCUCAAUGUUUAGCUAACAUGACUUCCAAUAACCCUUCUCAUUUGUCUUCCAACAUGCGAAAUCUUCAUCUUUAGCAGAGAUGAUUUCAGGUAACAAUCCCUUGUUACUUCUUUUCUUUGUUCCCAUAAUGGAAUUGACACCAAUGGCAGGUUUUGACAAAAAUCUGAAGUG